UUAAUUCUGCCCGACUUAACACUGGUGUGUCAGUCACCAUGGUGGCAUACAACAGAGCACAGCGGCGGUGGACCUAUUUUCACUUUUAGAUCCAUUAAAAUGGUAUUAUAAUGAAUUUUCUCAGUGGGUGUACCCGGGUCUACCUCUCAUAAUGGAUACCAGGUUGUUGUUGACUGGAUAACUGUUAGCCUUUCGCUUACUUUUUUUUUUGUUUGUUGGAUCCUACAUGGAAUUUCUUCCCGUCGCUAGCAGAAUGCUGAAGAGACAAGGAAUGGCUUUGAUGAACGUUGUCUUGAAUAAAGGGACAUUUUUCACGUUAAGAAAAUAGUUAGAAGAGACUGUUUCUGACGCGCUUUUAAUAAGAAGUUUCCUCUCGGUUGGGACUGGCGUUGGCAGCCGGUUUCGGCUCGGGCAAGAGAAAGACAAGACACCCAGAGGAGACCUGCACGGCUGUCUGGCUCCAGUCGUGGCCUGGCUCCGGGCACUCCCAGCUUUAUCCGCUAGCAUCGGAGCACAGGCGACAAGAAUAAAGCAAGACAGCAGGGGGACUUCUGUUGUAUAUAUCCGUGCCCCCGGGUAUUUUUCAGCGUUUUUUCUAGGAUAAGGAAUUCAAUAUUCUCCAGACGGCGUCUUCCAAAACAAUGGCGUCUUAUGUGGAUAACAGCUUUCGCCAGGCUGUGAUGAUGAAUCCGGCUGAAAGGACGCAACAGGACCUGGAGAUUGUCUACUCUUAUCUCCAUGGGAUGGAGGCCUUGUCUAACCUGCGAGAGCACCAGCUGAGGAUAAUGUGUGAGACGGUGCGUUAUGAGAGACAUGAGGCCAACGAAGUGCUAUACUACCCUGAUGACAUUGGAAGCUGUUGGUACAUCCUGUUGUCCGGCUCCGUCUUCAUCAAGGAGUCCAUGUUCUUGCCCAGAAGCAGGUAUAUUUGACUCUUUGAAGAAAGAAGAGGGAUAGAGAGAGAGUUUGUCAUCAGGACGUGGAUAAUAAUUAUCUACAACAACACCAACAAACGACUUAAGAUUCAUGUUCCCUUUUCCAGCUCACAGCACUGAUCACCACCUCUGAAGCCAAGUCCCAAAUGUUAAAAAGCUGUGAUUUCACAAGUGGAUCUGUUACAUGAACCGUUGCUGUGGGCGUCUUGAAAACAAUGAUCUUUUCAUCCAUUAGGCUUGCAUAAUACUCCUACAGCCAUAAAGAGCUCAGGGCCAUCACUUUGGCCUGUGGAGCGGAGUUGUGCCGGCAGUACAGUGGGGGUCGGCAGCGGUCAUUGUCUGGAUUCACAUGAACGUGGGAGGCAUUUAAAACGGAAGGCUUGAUCGGAAAUGUGCCAAAAGGCUGCUCCCCUCUUAAAAAUGACCUUUUCAGUUUUGCCAAGGUGAAAGUGUGUGUGGGAUGCCGGAGGGGGAUUUGCAGGUAUUGGCAGAUUAAAGUUAAUGCCGGACUGCAGUCGCAGGGGGAGGAGAGGACUGUGAAAAUGUUUACUAAGCAUAUGUUGCAAAGAAACCUGUGUAGGGAUCCACUUCACUGCAUGAGACUGUAUGGGGUUGAUAAUUAGCUCACUUUGUUUUAGAGUGCUGCCAACUGCAUUGCACAAGACUGUUCUGUUUCUGUCAACUGCACAAAAUUAUACAUUUGAUGCACAAACUGCACAUUGAGCAUUUUCAAUUAAAAUCACUUAAAGUGCGCAAGUAUUUCUCUUGGUGAUAUUGUUGAGGAUCAUAUGAACAGUUAGAUCAACAAACACAGGCUGACACCAACUGCACAGGGACCUUAUAUCAUACUGCACAGAUUCACACAUGCUCAAUACUCAAUACUUUCACAAAAACAUAAAAACAUACCUACAUUCUGACUCAGUCCUCACCAGGAAUACAA